AUGAGGCCAGCCGCGCCCAGGAGGGCCAGCUUCUCGGCCAACAUGAAGUUCCGGGCCUGUCAGAAGUGCUGUCGGACCCCCAACGACGUGGACCUCUUCAUCCCCUUCUCUCAGGAGAAGCUGGUCAAGCGGUGGAGCUCCAUGGACAAUUUGGCCGACCUGUCCCAGGAUGGCGGCCGUGACCUGUCCCACCCGUGGGAUCCGUGUUUCUUGUCCCUCAAUGUUGGAGGCCAGCACUUCUACAUCGCCGUCCGAGCGGCAGCCAGGUACCCCACCACCAGGAUCGGGCAACUGGCCACCUGCGUGGAUCCCGUGAAGAAGCUGGACCUGUGCGAUGACUACUCGGUGCUGAGGAACGAGUACUUCUUCGACCGGGACCCUUCCGUCUUCAACUACGUCUUCCAGUUCUACCGCAGCGGCAUCAUGUGGGUGCUGACCGAGUUCUGCUCGGCCAACUUCCUGCAGGAGAUCGAGUACUGGGGGAUCCACAUGAAGUACACCCAGCGGUGCUGCCGGAUCCUCUUUGAGGAGAAGCACGACGAGCUGGUGGAGUACCUGAAGAUCCAGCGGGAGCUGGAGGCCGAGCUGGACACGGUGGAGAAGGAAGAGCACUUCGAGGGGAAGUUCCUGGGCCGGUUCCGGAAGGCCAUCUGGAACCUGAUCGAGAACCCCUACUCUUCGACCCUGGCUAAAGUCACGGCCAUCUUGUCCAGCCUCUGUGUCCUCUUCUCGGUGGUGGGGAUGACCCUCAGCACGGUGAAGGAGAUGCAGAGCCAUACCGCCAAGGAGGCCAUGGAGCACAUGGAGACCGCCUGCGCCAUCUUCUUCACCCUGGAGUACCUCAUGCGGGUGGUCUCCACCUCCAGCGUGCAGCAGUUCUUCCGGGCGGCCUUCAGCGCCAUCGACCUGGUGUCCAUCCUGCCCUUCUACAUCCAGGUCGUCUUCGAGUACCUGGGCGAGGAGGACGCCGAGGACACGGAGGAGCUGCACCAGAUGCGCAACGUGGGGAAGCUGGGCAAGGUCCUGAAGCUCAUCAAGCUGAUGCGGAUCUUCCGGAUCCUCAAGCUGGCUCGGCACUCCACGGGGCUGAGGGCCUUCGGCUUCACCCUCCGGCAGUGCUGCCAGCCGGUCUGCUGCCUCCUCCUCUUCAUCGCCAUGGGCAUCUUCACCUUCUCCGCCCUCAUGCACUCCGUCGAGCACGACGUCCCGGGCACCAACUUCACCAGUAUCCCCAACACCUGGUGGUGGGCGGCCGUGAGCCUCUCCACGGUGGGCUACGGGGACACUGUGCCGGAAACCUUCCUGGGCAGGGUGGUGGCCUUCGGCUGCAUCGCCUUCGGCAUCAUCCUGAACGGGAUGCCCAUCUCCAUCCUCUACAACAAGUUCUCCGACUACUACGCCAAGCUCAAGUCCCAGGAGGACAAGACCACCGUGGCCCUCAAGACCCCCCGCAAGCAGAGCCUCAAGGAGAGGCUGUGGAACAAGAUGAACCAAUGCUACUGA